AUGACGGACCAAGAGUUCACUUCCAAGGGAAAUGGCUUACGUGAACGACAGCCGGUGUUCCGGCGAGAUCCCUUGCCGUUACAGCUCUGUGAGGACUCGGAGAUGAGGGCAACUGCAUUAUGCAUUGCUAUGUUUCUCUAUCUUGCUUGCCACGAGGAACUAGUUCGAACGCUUAAAUUCUCUGAGUUUUUGACGUUCUGGGGUGUUGGCAAGGGUUGA